AUGACGAUUCGAAAAAUCGUGAUCCGGCAGUAUACGGUGGAUGGACCGCAGCCGUUGUUAGAAGUACAACAUCCGUCCAACAAUCGGUUUGCGGAGGUCGCAGGUGGAACGACGGCUGAGUGUGCGGCGGUCUGCUGCUGCUGCCCGUUCGCUUUCAUGAACUUGUUGGUCUUAGCAGUUUACGGUGUUCCGGCUGGGCUGUUCCGGAAGGCGUUGAGGAAGAAGCGUCGCCGCAGGCUUUUAAAGAAAGGAUUGUUGGUCCAAGGCGUAGAUGUAGAUGGUGAUCGGAGCAGCUCAGACGCGGGUGAGUUAUUGAUUCAUCAUUCGAUCAGCUACAACGUGACGGAACUGUUGAUCGAUUCGCCGGAGGAGAGAUUUAUGAUGAAACCGAUGGUGUUUGACAGUGAAGUGAUUGAAUUAGAGAAUGAAAUGUGGGACAAAUUCUAUGGAACAGGGUUCUGGAGAAGCAUCUCUCAAAGAGUCGAUUGA